AGAAGAAGGAAAUUACUCAACAACUUGUUUGGUUCGCUGCAUGUUUAAAAAAAUGUACAAUUUGUCAAAUGUGCUUAACUUCAUCAUUUGCAUGGUGAGUUUCAGCCAAUCCUUUGAUGGCACAUUGGCCGUGAAACGAGGACCUCAUCAUCCACGCGGCGAAACUCGGCGAGUGGACCAACAUCUGACACAUGAGGAACACCGAAUUGAUGAUGAUCUCAAGGAAAUGGGCAUACAAGCCAACUUGGAUGAUAUGAGCGAGGAGGAAAAGAUAUUCUAUAUGUUUAAGGCUCACGACAACGACAACAACAAUGCACUCGAUGGUCUGGAGAUGAUACAAUCGGCAAUGCAUCACAAUUAUGAUUAUUUCAAGAACAGCGAUCGUAAUGAAUACUUGCAGAGUGCAAGUGAAGAACUGGAUCACUUUAUAGAGGCCAUUGAUAAGUUUCUACUGAUUGCCGAUGAAAACAACGAUGGAUUGUUGCAUUAUCCAGAGUUUGUCAAGGCUGUAACUCGAGGCAACGAACAAUUGGAUGUGGAGAGAAAUAUGCUGCGUUAGAUAAAAGGACAUGUCGAAGAUUAACAAAGUCACAAUAAUAAUUAGAUAUGUAGCUUAGUUAAAUUCUAGCAUUAUAUAUGUAUUUCCAUGCUGAACCAUUGAGACUGUAAAUAACACACGAACACACACACAGCAGCCAAGCCUCAAAUGGGCCAAAAGCAAUACUACAAUAUCACUAUAAAUACAUAUUUCAUUUGUACUACAA